UUCAGUCGCUGCUGACGCUGCGAUCCACCAAAACAAACGUGAACUGCAGCAACAGCACCUGAGCUGUCAGCAGAAGCUGCUCCCCUGGCCACAUCCCAGAUGUGAAAUUACAGCACUGCUCGGGAUAUCGAUGCAAAAAAUGGAAGUUAAGCAUGACCGCCUGUCAGAGGAGCCGUACGAUCAGCUGAAAGUGAAAACGGGACCGAGGGAGACGCCUCAGAAUCCAGCCCGCGGGGCUUCUCCUAACUUAUACAGUGCGGCAAAGAAAAAGGAUUACACUGUGUCAGUCUAUCUCAAUAACAGGGGAAAGAGCGAGCAUUCACAGCAGAAAUGCAUCGUGGGUUUUGCCCUUGUGUGCUGUUUCGCUAUCUCUGUUGCUCUGAUAUUUUCAGCUGUGGAUAUUCCAGGCACCGGCAGUGACAUGGAAGACAUUACCGAGGAUAACUGCGAUAGGAAUUGCCGGGUUCAUCUUGUUGAAAAUAUUCCAGAUGAGCUGAACGAUAUUGCCAACACCACAAGGCACAUUUCCUUGUUUCAGGGCUGGAUGGACUUGCUGGAUGCCGCAUUGCACAGUGUGGAUAUUGUCUCUUCCAAAUGGGCUCUAAGAAAUGGUCGUCUGGACCAAAACCAUUCACUAAGCCACUGGGGUGAGAAUGUAUUUGAGAAGCUGCAGGAAUUGAAGACUCGUAACGUUGGCCUGAGAAUCCCGAUUAAUAAAUUCCAAUUUGGAUCCCAGGAUGUGACAAAUCUGAAAGUGAAUGGUGCACUGGUGAAAUAUAUCAAUAUGACUCCUAUUAUUGGUGGUGAGCUUCACUCUUCCUUUUGGGUGGUGGACAGGAAGCAUAUCUACAUUGGCAGUGCCCACUUGGACUGGCGCUCUCUUUCACAGAUGAAAGAGUUGGGUAUCAUCAUGUACAACUGUAGCUGCCUUGGCUUAGACCUGCACAAAGUCUUCUCUGCGUAUUGGCAGCUAGAGUACCGAAACUCUCCACCUGAGAUUUGGUCAAAGAAGCUGUUCGGUAUUUCCAGCAUGCAUUCUCCCCUCAAGCUACAGCUGAAUGGGCUUGAAGCCAGUGUCUAUCUAGCUACCUCUCCUGCAUCUUUAUGCCCCAGUGGUCGCACCAGAGAUAUUGACGCUGUUCUCAGGGUUAUUGCCAAUGCUCAGAGGUUCAUUCAUGUCGCUGUCAUGGAUUAUCUGCCCCUUGUCAAUCGCACUAAUGUUCGGAGGUACUGGCCUCUGAUAGAUAAUGGCCUGCGGGAAGCUCUCUUUCUGCGGCAAGUGAGGGUGCGAAUGUUGGUCAGCUGCUGGAAGGGAACCUACUUACCAAUGCUCAACUUCCUGUGGUCCCUGAAAAUGUUCUGCAGUGAGCCCAUCAACUGCAGCUUCGAAGUGAAGUAUUUUGGAAUUCCUGCUUCUGAAGGGGAUGAGAAGGCCUCAUUUUCCAGCAUCAAUCGCAACAAAUACAUGGUGACUGACAAAGCAGCAUACAUCAGUACGUCUGACUGGGUUGGGGACAACUUUGUGGAAAACACAGGUGUGAGCCUGGUCAUUGAACACAAACAGAGCAGGAGAUGGCCGAGCAGGGCCACAGUUCUCGAUGAGCUAAAGGUGGUGUUCGAGAGAGACUGGAACUCCAAAUAUGCCAAAAAUUUGGAAAUAAAUACCUUUCCAGAUUGCCUGAAACUUAAAACAUAUCAACAGAAACCAUCUUCAUUUAAUCUGGGGUGAAUCAAUACCAUUGUUUUGAGAUGUGUGAGUGAGGGAAGAAAGAACGUAAUCAGAUGGACUGGAAGUUUUCAUUUUGAGUUUGAAUCAAAGGUAGCCGUCAUACCUGACCCACUUUAUCAAAAAAAAACAAAUAUUCAAUUGAUAGCAACUUUUCAAUGGCUUCAAGUCAGCCAAGUAACGACUCCAUCCUUGACCCUAUGAUUUUGUUUUAUUCAUUCACGGGAUAAGGGUGUCACUGGCUAGGCAGUAUUUAUUGCCCAUCCCUAAUUGCCCAGAGGACAGUUAAGAGUCAACCACAUUGCUGUGGGUCUGGAGUCACAUGCAGGCCAGGCCAAGUAAAGAUGGCAGUUUCCUUCCCUAAAGGGCAUUAUUGAACCAGAUGGGUCUUUUCUCCCAACAAUCAGUUCAUAGUCAACAUUAGACUUUUAGUUCCAGAUUUCUAUUGAAUUCAAAUUCCACCACCUGCUGUGGCAGGAUUCAAACCCAGAACAUUAUUUUGGUCACUGGAUUAACAGGGACAGUCCCACUAGAUCAAUGGAAGAUAACGUAGGCCCAUUUGUCAUCACAGGGAAGUCGCUGCCCCUUUGAACAACCCAAAUUAAAUGAGUUGGAACCUUACUGAGCAAUGUUAGCAAAAGCUUAUACGUAUUGACCCACGAUUCUUUUCUGCAUUGCUACAACUGCUUGAAGUAGAUUGAAGUUUGUGUUUCUAACUAUACAUUCUAUGAUGUCAACACGUGCAAACCAAAGUGAAAGUCCCUGCCCCCAGUUUUGAAACAAUUAUUCAAGGAUCAUGUGCGCCCCCUGUAUUUUCUUCCAUUUGUACCACUGGCCAUGAGGGUGGAGUGACAGCUCACACCUCAUGUUGUGCUGGCUGCUCAAUGUUGUAACACUCUAGUGACCAUUGGUUAUUAUUUCAUGUAUUAUUUAAGUAGAUUCACUUGCAAUAAACAGGAGCUGAAUAAAGCAACACUCCUAUUUAUUAUCAGUGUACAGCAUGGAUUAUUGAUCCAUUUAUGAAGGCAGUAAGUUUAGAGCCCUUGGCAAUCUGUGACACAGCCGUAAAUUGCCAUUUGAUCGCUAAUGAGAGUAUUAGUUCAGCCCAAUUGGCUGUGUUUUUGUGUCUAAACCACAGUCCCACUAUAGGGCUUGAAAAUAAAAACCAAGUUUGACACUCCAGUGCAAUAUGAAGGUACAGCUGCAUUGUUGGAGGGGCCAUCUUUAGGAUGAGACCUUAAAUCUGCUUAGAUGUAUAAAGAUCCCUUGGCACUGCUUUAAGGAGAACAGGACUAUCCGUAGUCACCUGGCCAAUAUUUAUCCCUCAAUCAAUAUCACAGGAACACAUUAACUGGUCAUUAUCACAUUUCUGGGAAUUUACUGUGAGUGCAUUUGGCUACCACAUCCUCUACAUUACAACAGUAUCUACACUUUAAAAAGCACUUCACUGGCCUUAAAGCAAGUACAUACAUUCUAUGUGAUUGUGAAAGCACUACAUUAGAGUGUUUCUUUCCUUUAUCAGUAUGGCUUGUGUAGAAUAGUGAAAGAACAGCCAAUUUAAAUCUCUUUGAACGUUUUGUUAUUACAUUGUUGUUGACACAUUGUCGAUCGUGCUUUUUCUAAAGUGUCUAAUACCAACCCAUUUAUAUUUACACUGUAUGGUCCUUGCAGUUUGAUUGUUGCCUGUGCUUCAGGAUCUCCACUGAGUGAUCUCCUGGCUGAUUGGGGUCAACAGCGAUGGGCAUACAUCGCCUUAUGCUUCAAUAAACACACUGAUUGGUAGCUGGUAUUAAUGCAGCAUCCAUAUAUCAAGUGAGAAUGCCCAUUUAGGCCAUGCAACAGCAUCAAAAUCAGGGCUUUUUUAAAAAUCCAAUUACAGGAUGUGGAUAUUGCUGGCUAGGCCAGCAGUCCUUGCCCAGAGGACAAUUGAGAGACGAUCACAUUCCUGUGGGUCUGGAGUCACAUGGAGGCCAGGACAACAAGUAAGGACAGCAGUUUACUUCCCAAAAGGACAUCAGUGAACCAGAUGGGUCUUUUCUCCCUGCCUCCCCCCUCCCCCCCAAACAUUAUGCUCAUCAUCAGGUUGUUAAUUCCACAUUUUUAUUGAAUUCAAAUUCCGCUAUCUGCCAUGGCAGGAUUUGAACCCAGGUCUCCAAAAACUUUCCUAGGGCCCCUAUUUAAUGUCUAGCAAUAAUACCCCUAACCUUCUCUCCCCUAAUUGCUCCAUGUGCUUUCCUUUGAUGCAACUUAAUGAUGGAUUCCUAAGAAGCCCUCAGGUUGGUUGUUGGGUGCAUUACCAUUAGUACACAGACAGUGCAAGCCCGCACAAAGUAACCCAGAUCUCACCUUAGAGUUGUUCUCUGGGCCCCAGUCAAACACUUUGAGUGAGUUGGUGGCAGCUUUCAUGCUGUCAGAGGGAUGUUGUCUAAUUCCAAGGGAUAAAUUUCUGCACCCUCUAUUAGCAGGAACCCUAAGGGAUUUGGUGGAAUGGGGAGUUGGUGCUACUGGUGGUGGUGAGAGAAGAAAACCAUGAGAGUGGCAUACACAAAUGUAAUUACAACUUUAAGUAAAGUUGCAUAAGUAUUUGGACAGUGUGGACAGCAAAUGGGGCAGAUACCAGUCCUGGAAUUGGACUAAUUUGGCUAAACUGGGUUCAAGGGUUAGCAGUGCUGUCUGCUCCUACAGUAGCUGGUCAUGUUCAUUAAGAGCCUCACUAUGGGAAACCAGGCGAAAUUAUCCAGGCAGCCUCCAGUUUUGCACAAUGAUGGGGGUCAGGAGAAGCAGCCCCUUUGGGAGAGAGAGACUGCAGUUGGCAGGGCCUUACCUUCCAUGAAGUAGCCUAGCUAUUUCUUUCUGUUUUUCAGUUAGUAUUUUUGGAUAAACGUAAGUGAGACUACACUUUAAAGUGCCUUCUCACUCUAAUUACAGCCUGCUGGUUCUCUCAAGCAGUUAGGCCUCUCUCUGAUUGACUCUCUGCCUUCUACAACCCACCCACUCCCCACAACUGGCCAAGCAACCUAUCUCCCUGACAAUUAAAGCGAUGCCCCAGUCACAAUUUUACCAAGUGAAUGCUUUCCCACUCCCUCUCCCACCCUUCCCCAUGUCCCCGAGAGCAGACCCAGCUUCAGGUUCCCAUUCCCAAAAAAUGAAAACCCAGACAUUUACCACUGAAAUCGACUGGUGAUGCUGGACAUGGGAGAUGAAACAUGCAUUUUACUGGGUAAUUGUGACAUUCGGGUGUUCAGCCCUGCAUUUCCUGGCUACCAUUUGAGCUGCUAAGAAAUUAUUUUUGCACCAUUUUAGUGAUGGCCAUUUGCUUGCCACAUCUACAGGGGGAAUCCCUUAGCAGAGCAGUUCAAUUUCCCAGAGAUUCCUCAGAACCAAUUCACCUGAGACACAUGCAACACAAUAAAGGUGGACCUGACCUAGUUUGGGUGACCUUGGGUCACAUGACAUAUUCUUCCCACCAAAUUAAGGGCUAUGGGGAGAGUGCGGGUAAGUGGAGUUGAAAUGUGGUCACAAAUUACCCAUUUCUAACCCAUGCGCAGGGCUGCCAUCUUCCCAGAUUGCCUUGGAAUGUUCCGAAAUUGGAAGAUUAACCUCCCAAACACCGGUGAAAGCAAUGUGGGAGAAAACAAAACCCUUACAAGUUUUUUUUUGGAAUUUUAAAUUUAUUUUUAAUAUUCUUGGAAUACAACUCUGUUGUUGUAGGGAUAUGCGGCUUCAGUUAUUGGAAAGCUACAAUGGUUAAGGUUAAGGGGGAGAUUUAAUAGAGGUGUUCAAAAUUUAUGAGAGAUGUUGAUACAGUAAAUGAACAGAGACUGGAUUGAUUGGUACUGUGUUGACAACCAGAGGAUAUAAUUAAAAUAAUUGGCAGAAGAAUUGAGCGGAGAUAGGAGUAAUUUUCAAUACCAAAUUUUUAAUACAUUGCCUGGAAAGGUGGUGAAAACAGAUUAAGUAGCAGCUUGCAAAAACAAUAAAUACGUGACCAGGGACAGAAACAGAAGUUGCUGGAUAAGUUCAGCAGGUCUGCCAGCAUCUGUGAAGUAAAAAUCAGAGUUAACAUUUCAGAUCUG